AUGGCCCCAGCACCCAAGCAACCAAAGUUUGUCACCAAGUCAAUUGGCGGUGACAAAAAUGGUGGAGAAAGAAAAGUUCGCGUUAAGAGAUUGCCUCGAUUUUAUCCAACUGAAGACAAGCCCAGAAAGCUGAUCAGUCGCAAGAAACCAUUCAGCAGCCACAAGAGGAACCUCAGGGCUUCAAUCACACCAGGAACAGUCCUCAUUCUUCUGGCUGGAAGACACAAGGGCAAGAGGGUCGUUUUUCUGAAACAGCUGCGUUCUGGACUUCUCCUUGUUACCGGACCCUACCACUUGAAUGGUUGCCCCCUGCGAAGGAUAAAUCAGUGUUACGUGAUUGCCACUAAAACAAAACUGGACAUCAAGGACGUGAAGGUUCCAGAACGUGUUAACGAUGAUUACUUCAAGAGACAGAAGUUAAAGAAACCUAAGCAUGCAGAAGGUGACAUUUUCAACACCAAGAAAGAGGUUUAUGCCGUCAAUGAAGAACGCAAGGAGGAUCAGGCUGUUGUCGACCGCCAGAUUCUGGAUGUUAUUCGCAAGAACCCUGAGAAGAAACUUAUCUUUGGUUACCUUGGAGCUUUGUUCUCUUUGUCCAACCACCAGUUUCCCCACAAAAUGGUGUUCUAA